AUGGCUGUUGUAGUAGAUGACAAGCCAUAUCCAAUGCACCAAGAUCCAUCAUCAUCCUCUCUCCUUUUCUCGGCUUCAGCUCCACAUCCUGGAAAAGGCUAUCAUUACGCAAAAGUUGAUUCCACUGGAAGCAUUCUUGAGAGUGAGCCAUUUGUUCGGAAGCCAUUUGAUGGUGAUGCUACACCCAACGAGCACUAUAAUCGAACCUGGAAUACAUGGAAGAUAGCCCAACUACCCCAAGCCUUGGAUCCAUUACCAGCCAUCAAUCGCGUUGAUAGCAAGCUACACAUCGAUGGCGAGAUCCCCACCAUCCACAUCACUGGUGAUGAGCAGGCCAUUCAAAACAUGCAUAAAAAUGAUGAAGAAGACAUCAAAGUGAGCAUCAACAUGACCCAUAUCAGCCUUCAUGAUGUCCAAACGUUUUCCGGUGUCGAAUUUGAAAUCUCUGGCCAUUCAUCCCGCCAAGCUCCCAAACUUGCAUACAACCUUAAGCUUCCAAAAAAGACUUACCUUUAUGGUUAUCGACGUCUCAAGUUGCGAUCAUUAGGCACCGAUCCAUCCUAUAUUCGCGAGGAUUUAGGAUACAAGAUGCUGCAUGCUGCGGGUGUACCAACUACGGAUACUAGCUAUGUCAGAGUGUACCUUAACAAUCAACCACUUGGCCUAUUUGGAUUUAUCGAGAAAUUUAAGAAUCCUUGGUUACGCAACGAAUUCAAUGAUGGUAAUAAGGGCUACCAACAAGGCACAUUGUAUCAAAGCAAAAGCAAGGCAGGUGGUCCUUUGGGUCUUUUCAGUGGUAAUCUCUCAGACCUCAGUUACUACGGUGAUCAAGAGCAACCUUACUUGUCCCAAUACAAGAUCGCAGAGGAUCCAUCUUCAAAAGAGAAACCCAACUUUUCGGCUCUUAUCCAAUUGACCAAAUUCCUUGACAAGGCAUCAUCCACCACCAACAAGGAAGCAUGGGAGGCUCAUUUCGACAUGGAAAGUGUCAUGAGAGGGAUGGCUCUUGAGUUCUUGAUGGGAUUUGGUGAUAGUUACUUGGCAGCAUUCAACAACUAUUACAUUUAUCAAACGGCUCCCGACAGCUCCAAGUUCAUGUUUUUGCUGUAUGACAUUGACCACUGUAUGGGAUCCACGCCUUUUGUCAAGAUGUCACAGAUCGAAACAGGUGACUGGCACAAGUUCACAAACGAGGUGACCAAACGCCCUCUUAUGAAAUUCACCCAAGUACCUGAAUACGCUCAUCGAUUUGAUCAAUUGAUACAAGAGCUCAAUGACAAGUUGGUGAAUUUGGAUGUGGUUGGCCAACGCAUCGAUGAUACGGUUGCUAUGCUUCAAGAGGAUGUUGCAUGGGAUAAAUCAUGUCCACGUGUGAGCAAAGCAAAUUUCUCCAGUGAUAGCGACAUCCUUGCAAUGAAAGACAAGCUCGAUCAAGUGAAGAGUGAGAACCUAGAUCUCGAUACGCUUUACAAGUAUAACCAAAGGAUGCGUGAUGGCGAUAUUGGAUUCAUCCAAGCUGUCAAUGGACCUACACACUACGAGUCUUCUUUGGUUGGCCUCAAGGAAUUCAUUAAGAUCAAGCAUCAAAAUGUUGUUGAUCACUAUAGCAGCAAACAAUAG